CUUUCCUUUGAUAUUACAAUUUGAAACAAAGAAUUCUUCUGAGAGAUUAAGGAUUUGGAAAUGGCAAGUGCUUCAGAAGAGGGACAAGUCAUCAGCUGCCACACCGUUGAGGCAUGGACCGACCACCUCAACAAGGGUAAUGAAUCCAAGAAACUGAUUGUUGUGGAUUUUACUGCUUCUUGGUGUGGACCAUGCCGUUUCGUUGCACCAUUCCUGGCUGAUCUGGCUAGGAAGUUUACAAAUGUUAUAUUUCUAAAGGUGGAUGUGGACGAAUUGAAGUCUGUGGCUCAAGAUUGGGCUGUGGAAGCUAUGCCUACUUUUGUGUUUCUGAAAGAGGGAACGAUUAUAGACAAAGUGGUGGGAGCGAAGAAGGAAGAUCUGCAGCAGACCUUAGAGAAACAUAUGGCUACAGCUAAGGCUUAAUCUUUGUGCUGCUCUUAAUUAGUCCUAAUUACUUUCACCUUCAGAGUGCCAUGCUUGGACAUAAGAUGUUGCUGUCGUCUUUAUUUUUAUAAUCUUGCACUGUGACACUUUUAAGGUAUUUCUGUUAGUGCAACAUACAGCUAGCUUUAUAUGGAUGAUGAUGACCCCUAUCAUCUAUAUCUAGAGUAGUUGGUACUUUCUUCCGUUUUAAAUAAUUGUGGAUGAUGUUAUAUUAUGAAUUCCUAAGUACAUUUGACUUUCUUGUUUCCUUAUGGGAAUUAUA